UCCCUUAAAUAUAACUCCUUCACUUCCCUGUUUUCUCCCACUCUCCUCUCUCUGUUCUCUCUCGCCGGGAAACCAUUUUCCGGUGACCAUUAUCAGUUGUGUUCUGACUUCUUUUUUUCGUUUCUUAGUUUUAAUUAUCUCUUGACCAGAAUAUGAUAAUGGGCUGAUUUUUUUUGGGGUUCUUUUCCCUUUUCUGGUUAUAGUCAUUUUCCUGCCAUUCUCUUUUCCACUUUCUCACCAAGAAAAUCCCUGAAAACUGUGAGAAGAAUCAUACAAAGUGCAUUCCUUCUUCGUUCUCGUGUGAAAUUAUAUCUGGGUUUUACAUAUUAGCCCUAUAUAUAUAUUUGUCAUCUGGGUUUCUUUUGCAAUACACAAUGAUCAGUGCCACAGACCUCUACCAUGUCCUUACUGCCGUGGUGCCGCUUUAUGUGGCUAUGAUCUUAGCAUAUGGCUCUGUGAAAUGGUGGAAAAUCUUCAGCUCUGACCAAUGCUCUGGCAUCAAUCGGUUCGUUGCUUUAUUUGCAGUGCCUCUACUUUCUUUCCAUUUCAUAUCUACCAACAAUCCAUACGCUAUGAACUUGAGGUUCAUAGCAGCGGACACUCUCCAAAAGAUCAUAGUCUUGGUUGUGUUGGCUAUCUGGUCAAGAACUAGCUCAAGAGGUUCCCUGGAAUGGUCCAUCACCUUAUUUUCGCUCUCUACUCUUCCAAACACUCUUGUCAUGGGCAUCCCUUUGUUGAAAGGAAUGUAUGGAGAAAAUUCAGGGAGCUUAAUGGUCCAAAUAGUCGUUCUUCAAUGCAUAAUUUGGUACACGUUGAUGCUCUUUCUCUUUGAAUACAGAGGAGCUAGACUUCUCAUAGCUGAGCAAUUCCCAGAUACUGCUGGCUCUAUCAUUUCCUUCAAAGUUGAUUCUGAUAUCAUUUCCCUGGAUGGGAAAGAGCCAUUGCAAACCGAUGCCGAAGUUGGGGAAGACGGGAAACUCCAUGUCACUGUUAGAAAAUCUACUAGUUCUCGCUCGGAAAUUUUUUCUCGCCGAUCACACGGUCCGAACUCAGGCGUCUCUUUAACCCCAAGACCAUCAAAUUUGACAAAUGCGGAAAUUUACUCCCUCCAAUCAUCAAGAAAUCCUACUCCAAGAGGAUCCAGCUUCAACCACACUGAUUUCUACUCAAUGGUGAAUGGAAAAAACAUAAGCAAUGUGAGUCCAAGACAAUCGAACUUUGGGAACUUGGGUUUCGAUGAAGAGAACGGACUUGGGGUAUUUGGUAAUCCAGGGAGAGCAAAUGGAAAUGCUUAUCCUGCUCCAACUAGUGCUGGAAUCUUUUCUCCAGUGACUGGACCAGGUGCCAAGAAGAAGGCAAAUGGAACUGAUAGUGGCAAGGAUUUGCAUAUGUUUGUUUGGAGUUCAAGCGCUUCUCCUGUAUCAGAAGGUGGGAUUCAUGUUUUCAGGGGAGGAGAGUAUGGGAAUGAUCUUGGUGGGGUAGCUCACCAAAAAGACUAUGAUGAGUAUGGUAGAGAUGAAUUUAGCUUUGGUAAUAAACAACUUACAAAUGGGGUUGACCGUGAAGGACCAGUGCUUUCCAAGCUCGGUUCAAGCUCCACAACUGAACUCCACCCCAAGGCUAGUGCUCAUGCUGAAACAAAGCCAUCUGCUAUGCCUCCUGCUAGUGUUAUGACCAGACUCAUCCUCAUCAUGGUGUGGCGAAAGCUAAUCAGGAAUCCCAAUACUUAUUCGAGUCUCAUUGGCCUCACCUGGUCUCUCGUUUCGUUCAAAUGGGAUAUUCAGAUGCCUGCUAUAAUUGCUCGUUCAAUAUCUAUUCUUUCUGAUGCAGGUCUUGGAAUGGCAAUGUUUAGUCUUGGUUUAUUCAUGGCACUUCAGCCGAGGAUUAUUGCAUGUGGAAACACAAUUGCAGCCUUUGCCAUGGCAGUUCGAUUCCUAACAGGUCCUGCAGUCAUGGCUGCUGCCUCGAUCGCUGUUGGAUUGAGAGGUGUCCUACUGCGCAUCGCAAUUGUGCAGGCGGCUCUUCCACAAGGGAUUGUCCCUUUCGUCUUUGCAAAAGAAUACAAUGUUCACCCUGACAUAUUGAGCACAGGGGUCAUAUUCGGAAUGCUGAUUGCCCUUCCUAUAACAAUGGUUUACUACAUCCUGCUGGGACUUUGAAGCAAAAAUACUCUUGGAGUCUUAUAAAGGAAAAAAGACUAGAUACAAUUAGUACACUACCCAUUUGGAAUUUGGGAAGUUUUUGGAUUUCUCUAACACGGGAAAAGUAUAAUUUCAUUUCUGAACUGAUCAUUAGUAAUUGUUAGAGAAAAGGGUACAGAGAUUUCUCUUCACAACCGGUGAUUGCAAAGAGGUAACAUUGACAGCCAUGGGCGCUAGAAAUUUUUGUUCUCUUUAUGUAUGCUUUUCUCACUAGGAGCCUCGUGCUUUUUGCUUUUGUUUUUUUUUAUGAAAGAAAGUGAGGCAUGUUUGUAGAUCAGCAAAGAUUCCUCUGCGUUCUUCUUAACCUUUUGUAAGGUCAAAAAGAGAUAUUAAUCCGAUUGGAAUCUCUAUGCAAGAAAA